AGGAGGAGGAAGCGGCCAACAAAACCAGAAGAAGAAGCAGCAGCAGCCGAAGAAGAGCAUGGGUAGUUAUGUAUGUUGGUUACGUGACUAGUAAUUUCAUAAUAAUUUCAUAAAAAGAGAGGGUUAUCCGCGAGAUUGAGAUCAUGGUGCUGCCAGUACUCAGACUUGCCUUGUCGUGUCGCUGUCAAACUGCGGGGAGAAAUAUACAGCGAACCCCUUUGAGACAGUGGCUGCUGAGGAGAGGACAGACCACGGUGACGUCAGUCAGGACGGCUGCGAUCCCAAACGCUGCGAGCGAUCGAGUGCUGGGCCGCUGGCUGCUGGGCUGCAGUGGGCUGGUGCUGGGCGCCGUGGUCCUGGGGGGGGUCACCAGAUUGACGGAGUCCGGUCUGUCUAUGGUUGACUGGCAUUUAGUGAAAGAGAUGAAGCCGCCGCGGACUCAAGCCGAGUGGGAAAACGAGUUCUCCAAGUACAAACAGUUCCCAGAGUUCAAAAUUAUGAAUCAUGACAUGACUCUGACAGAGUUUAAGUUCAUCUUCUACAUGGAGUGGGGUCACCGCAUGUGGGGCCGGCUGGUUGGAUUAGCUUACAUUCUUCCUACAGUGUAUUUCUGGAAACGAGGAUACUUCAGCCGCUCCCUGAAGCCUCGUGUUUUGGGUCUGUGUGGCUUUGUUGUCUUCCAGGGUCUUCUGGGAUGGUACAUGGUGAAGAGUGGUCUGGAGGAGAAACCCGAAUCGUACGACAUUCCCCGUGUCAGUCAGUACAGGCUGGCGGCUCAUCUGGGCUCCGCUCUGCUGCUGUACUGCUCCAGUCUCUGGAUGGGACUCACUCUCAUGCUGCCUGCCAACAAGAUACCUGACAGCAGGAACUUUCUGCAGUUAAGGAGGUUUGCCAAGGUUACGGGCGGCCUGGUCUUCCUCACGGCUCUCUCUGGUGCCUUUGUUGCUGGACUGGAUGCGGGUUUGGUUUAUAACUCUUUCCCAAAGAUGGGCGAGCGCUGGAUCCCUGAUGAUCUUCUGGCUUUUUCCCCUGCCAUCAAGAACGUGUUUGAAAAUCCCACAACGGUUCAGUUUGACCAUCGCAUUCUGGGCAUCGGCUCACUGACAGCCAUCACAGGACUCUACUUGUUCUCCAGACGGGUCCAUCUGCCCAGACGGGCGAAGAUCGCAAUUGGCUGUCUCACAGCCAUGGCCUAUACACAAGUGGUUUUGGGCAUCAGUACGCUGCUGCUCUAUGUCCCCACCUCGCUGGCAGCCACACAUCAGUCCGGAUCAGUGGCACUGCUCACCUUCGCCAUCUGGGUCUUGGCUGAGCUGAGAAAGGUGGUUAAGUAAAGUGUAUUCAGAGUUCAUGCUAUAAUAAUGCAUAAUUUAAUAAAUCAUGCUUUAGGCACGUGAGCGACAUCUUUUUUUUUUUUUCUUCUUUAUAAGUGUGGGUUUAUAUGAAGUCCUUAUAGGUGUAUUUGUGAAAUAUAUAGUGAAAUGUUUAAUUUCUUUUUUUAAACCUGUUUGAUAUAUGCAAAAAUGUGUUUUUACUGGAUGACUGCUUAUUUAAAAUCAAUAAAAUUAGAAUCUGUGUUUUCUGUUGACAUUCAUCUAGAGUAAGUGCAUUUCAUAUAUAAUGUAUAUUAUACAUGUAUAUUAUGGCUUGCUGAAAAUAAGCAGCUUGAAACACAAGAAUUGCACUUUUGAUUUGUUGUCACGAGCAACAUUACAUUUAUAGUGAUUUAAAUGAAUAAUUAAAUAAAGUGAUUUCCCUGAAAAAAAA